AUGGAAUAUCUUAAGACUAAUUGGUUGCAGGAAGUAGAACUCGUGACGAUUCCUGAGGUUGUUACAACACCAUCCACACCUGAACCUGCUAAGACUGUUGCACCUGUGAUUGAAAAGCAGCAACCAAAGUUGACAACAACAGCAACUCCUAAAACUCAAAAAUUGCUUUUCACUUUGCCUCCAUCUCAGCCGAUCAAGCAAGAAGAAUCUUAUUUGGGAGGAUGGAAUGAAGAACCGAAUAUAAAUUCCCAAUUACCACUUGCCGACAAGACACCGGAUGCUGAUGACAAAAGUUUUGCGGUAUUACCAGAAUUCAUUGACUCUAAUGAUGAAGCUGCUGUUCGUGAAUAUUAUCGCAAUUAUUACGAGGAUUGGUACAAACGUCAUAACGAAGCAAUGUUGACUGCUAGACGAAUCCAAAUUGAGCCCACAACUCCGGCAGCUCCACGGAAAAUCAGCAUCAAACUCGGCCAAAAACGGAAUAUUGAAUCAUCAAUAGACUCGAGCCCAGUUGAAACAAUUUCAGCAGCCACAACACAAUUCGGAAACCCUGUAAGUAAUCCAAGCAAAGAGCAAUUAGACAAAGUUUGCACCUACGUCACAUCGAUUUCGAAAUCAUUUGGAAUCAAGGAUGUCGUUACUUUCGCAAAAAAUAAUUGCUCGUUGAUUAAAGGAUUUCACCCUCAGGCCACUUGCGCUCAAGUUCAAAACGUCAUGGAAUAUUGCUCAACAGGAAUAUAUGUGAACACUCCAAGUGCGGUUCAGUAA